AAUUUCAAAGGGACAUAGUAUAAGUAUCUUAUUGAGGCCAAGACUCAUUUCCAAUUAUCUGCAACUAGAUCUAGAUAUAUGUACAAAAUUUUGCUCAAAGUCGUUCUGAAAUGUAAAAAAAUAAACUAUAUGUAGAUCUAGAAUCUACUGAAACUUGUUAUGACUUCAGCAUAAAUCAUUAUUGACAUGUUUCGUGCUUGAAUGAUCAAAGGGAGAACACUCAUUUCACCUGAAUGUAGUUGCUUAGGACGCAGAGGUUUCACAUUCUCCGUCAAAAUUUAUUUUAACAAUAUUUUGGUGAUCAGUUGAAAUGGCAACGAGCAUUCCUUUGAUAUGAGUUACGCGGACGGAAGAACAGCUGCUAGAAUCACUGACUUCCGAAAUCAGUGAGUUGAGUGAGCUUCUGAGAAGCCCAAGAUGAACGACAAACCACUAAGUUGCACGAUAAAGCCCGCCGUCUGUGUCACAGCAGACACGAAAGGUUUUCAUUCUGGCUGCAAGAUUGUAGACAUUUCCUUUCCAAGCAUUGUGAACCCAGAGGUUACUGACGAGAAUGUUGAAAUUGGAGAAAUUCGAUUCCAGAAUUUCUAUGUGGCUUUCCUGACUGUGAAGGCAAAAAUCAAACUGACAGAAGAUACUCCGCGAGAAGGACCCCAGGACCAGGGCUGGCGUGUCGCUCUACGCAGAUUCCCGCUCAUGCCAGACCCUCACGGCGAGACGGGCGCUCAGGAUUCCUUCUGUCUGACCAGGAAACAUUUCUCAUGUGACUUAAGCAACAUCGUGUCUGUGAGGCUCAUCCUGCAGCAACCUGCGCCCGUGUGGAAGGAAUUCAAGAUGGAGGAGCUCAAACUGUUCAGAUCUUCCAAUGGUGUGCGAGUUCCGCCAUUGCCGACGUGGGUCACGGAGGACGACAAGACAAAAGUCGGGAAGAAAGAACUGGAG